AUGUCUGACCCAGAGAUUGUACGGCUUCAACGCAAGAACGAAGAGCUCAGACAGCGGCGCGAGAGGGAGGCAGCAGAGGCACAAGAGGAAAGAGAGCAACGCAAGAAGGAAAGAGAGCGACGCGAGAGGGAGGCAGUAGAGGCACGAGAGGAAAGAGAGCGACGCGAGAAGGAAAGAGAGCGACGCGAGAAAGCAUAG